UUGAAAAUUUUGUGACAUUUCUUUCCAAACAGUGCCAUAUUUAGUACCGUGCCCCAGCCCCCAUGCUUAUGAAUUUCUGAAGUAGAGUGAAGUGUGAUGGCGUGUCGUUCCUUCGCAAAAGCAUGGAAAAUCCGUCAUUUGGCUUCGGUAAUGGUGGGAGAUUUUAUGAGAAUCAGCAAUCCCGUAAAACACGCUUCAACUUCAUUGCCUCUGAGACCCUCCAUUGCGGUGUCAGAAUGUAACUCGUUCAAAACGACGUCGUGUUUGAGACAGUACCACGACGGAAGGCCCAGAGGUCCCCUUUGGAAGGGAAAGAAGCUCAUUGGCAAAGAAGCGCUCUUUGUGAUAUUGGGGUUGAAGAGGUUUAAGGACGACGAAGAUAAGCUUCACAAAUUCAUCAAAACUCAUGUUUUCAGGCUCUUGAAGAUGGACAUGAUCGCUGUUCUCACUGAACUCGAACGCCAAGAGCAAGUUUCUCUGGCUCUUAUGAUGUUUAAGGUGAUGCAAAAGCAAGAUUGGUACAAGCCUGAUGCAUACAUUUAUAAGGACUUGAUUAUUGCAUUGGCAAGGUCUAGAAAAAUGGAUGAAGUGUUGCAAUUGUGGGAAAAUAUGAGAAAGGAGAAUCUGUACCCUGAUUCUCAGACUUAUACUGAAGUUAUAAGGGGCUUCUUGAAAUAUGGAUCUCCUGCGGACGCGAUGAAUGUGUAUGAGGACAUGAAGAAUUCUCCUGAUCCACCGGAGGAGUUGCCCUUCAGAAUUUUGUUGAAAGGACUUCUGCCGCAUCCUCUUUUGAGAAAUAAAGUGAAACAGGAUUUCGAGGAGAUUUUUCCUGACGCAAGUAUCUUUGAUCCACCGCAAGAGAUAUUUGGCGCACGCUAAGCUUCUCCUGGGCACCAUGGUACAUUUUGGAAGGAGCUGGAUUAUAAAAUGACUGCAGAAGUACGAGUUGAGGAUUGGGGUGCUGCGAUCAUUUUCGAACUCUAUAUGCAUUGCAUGUUUAUGGCCGGUUAGGUAAUUUAUUGAGGGUUUAGACUUACUGUUUACUAUCUACGAGUCUUCUCUCAAGGAAGAUAAGUUUUUGGUAUUGAAACUGAUUGAAAUUCACCCGGUUGAAAAGAUCUUAAUGCUCUUCCAUCAUCCAUGUCAACAAUGUACAAAUUGUCAUCAAAGGAAAAGAAAUUCGCAUUAGUAUUUUUGCCCAACAGUCUUUUGAUGGAUGUAUG